GCGAGACCCCGGUAAACUUGACUGCCGCUCCUUAUCCUGGCCUCCUUUGAUCAGACCUGAUCUUUACAGGGUCACCAUCUUUAUAGAAGGCACGGCCACCAGGAUAAGGGUAAGCUGCUUAUCUCUCACCCAUCGCUCACAGAAGAUCAGUGCGAAUUGCAAAAUUAAGCUGCUAAUUAGAGAAGAAGAAGAAGAAGAAGAUGAGCACGAGAGAGGAGAAGCAGAAAGUGGUGUGUGUGUCUGGAGGGGCAGGUUACAUAGCUUCUUGGGUGGUCAAGCUCUUGCUUCAGCGUGGCUACACUGUUAAAGCCACCAUGCGAGACCCAAAUGACCCAAAGAAGACAGAACACCUUCUGGCACUUGAAGGGGCUAAGGAGAGACUGCAAUUAUUUAAAGGGGACUUGCUGGAAGAAGGGUCCUUUGACUCAGUAGUCAAUGGGUGCAUAGGCGUUUUUCAUACUGCAUCACCUGUCUUGCUCUCAGUUGCUGACCCCCAGGCUGAAUUAAUUGAUCCUGCCCUAAAAGGCACACUUAAUGUUUUGCGGUCAUGUGCCAAAGUCUCUUCUAUCAAGAGAGUGGUGGUGACAUCUUCUAUUGCUACGGUCUCAUAUAUUGCAAAGCCUCUGACGUCUGGUGAUCUAGUUGAUGAGACUUGGUUUUCAGAUCCAGACUUUCGUGAGAAAUCUAAGCUUUGGUAUGUUCUCUCAAAAAUCUUGGCAGAGAAGGCGGCCUGGGAAUCGGCAAAGGAGAAUGAGAUUGACUUGGUCACGAUUAACCCAGGAAUUGUCAUUGGCCCUUUGCUGCAGCCCACUGUUAAUCUCAGUGUGGAGGUGAUACUGAACUUUGUUAAUGGAGCUCAAACAUUUCCAAAUGAAUGUUAUUGUUUUGCCGAUGUCAGAGAUGUAGCGAAUGCACAUGUUCUAGCUUUUGAAAAUCCCUCAGCUUGCGGAAGAUACUGUGUAGUAGGAGAAGUCAUACAUUGUCAUGACGCCUUGAAGAUUUUGCAGAAUCUGUACCCAACAUUGCACCUUCCUGAUAACCUGUGAAAGAUUAGCACGCUUUUUUCCUCUGAGAAAAUACAUGAUGGGCCUUGUUGGUUGGAACGAAGUAGAGGGACUGCACUGAUUAUGAUGAAAUUGGAGAUUUAAUAGCAAUAAACUUACUGAGGUCAUUGAAUAUCAGUUCAGGACUGACAAGAAAACCAUACAAGGUAAUUAAAUGUAACAUGGACUACAUAGUGAUUCGAAGCAUCAGAAGGAAUCUUCAUGUUCGUUUAUUAGUCUGUUCAAUAGAAAAAUGUGCGACAAGGUCAAACUUGGAGUAUCACCAGUUUAACUAAGUGAACAUUCAACGCCCAUUUAUAUCACAAGGCCUUGAUCGUAACAUUCUUGAUCAAUCACUACCAAUUUCAAUAGUGGGUGUAAAUGCCAUCUUGUUUGUUUAGUAACAAAAGCCCGUCUGAGACAGCCACUGGAUUCCAUGUGACUGAUCUUCUCAAGAUGUCUAGGAGAAUCACACUUUGUUUGU